AUGGCAAUGCACAAAGAGCACAUGUGGUACUUGGGGAAAAUUUGUGCUUUCUUUAAUGAUAAUAGACAAGAAGGUCAAGCUAAAAGAGAGAAUAGCAGAGUAUUCGUUCUUGAUUUCGGCAUAAGAGCCAUCGUUGGGGAGAGUGUGAACCAAAACAUCGGCAUGUUUAGGUGGUGUGAGAAUUGUCUAGGAGCAUUAGAUGGCACCUACGUUAAUGUAAGGGUGUCUUCACAAGAAAAGGGGAAGUAUCGGACAAGAAAAAAUACUGUUGCUAUGAACGUAUUGGGUGUAUGCUCUCCCAAUAUGGAAUUUAUCUAUGUUCUUCCGGGUUGGGAAGGAUCCGCUCAUGAUGUUCGUGUCCUUCGUAAUGCCCUCUCUAGGCCAAAUGGCUUUAGGGUACCUCGAGGUAACUAUUAUCUAGUUGAUGCGGGGUAUACAAAUUGUGAGGGAUUUCUCGCACCUUAUAGAGGGCAAAGAUACCACCUCAAAGAAUGGGGUGAUAGACAACCUGAAAGUGCGGAGGAAUACUUUAAUAUGAAGCACGCGAAGGCAAGGAAUGUUAUAGAAAGGACUUUUGGAUUACUCAAGGGAAGAUGGUCUAUACUUAGAAGCCCUUCUUUCUUUCCCAUCCGGACUCAAGGUCGUAUUGUUAUGGCUUGUUGUCUAAUACAUAACUUAAUUAGGAGAGUUAUGCCUUCAGACGAUAUAGAGGAAGUAGAGAGUGAAAGUGAUGAUGAGUCCGAUGAUUCUGAUGAUGAAAUUGAGUUUAUUACGAAUAUUGCAACUUCUGAUCGUUGGACUACAUUUAGAAAUACACUAGCGCAAGAUAUGUUUAAUGCAUGGAGGGCACGAGGUCGGCAUGCUCAUUAG